AUGUCAACACUGCUCGGGUCUUUCCAGGCACUGAGCCUCCGAACCUCUACACCUUUGCGCCUACUCCGGGCCCCCAUCCAGAGACAGACACAGCAACUCCAAAAUGCCAGGGCUUUCUCGACCACGACUCCGGCCCUCGGCAAUUGGCUUGAGCCAAAUAUCGACAGGAAGAAGAAGAUGGCCAAGGGUCGCCCCCGCGUUCCCACCGGGGGCUCGGUCAAAGGCACAACAGUGAUCUGGGGCGAUUUCGGAAUCCGCAUGGUCGAUCAUGAUCGCAGAAUCAGCGCAAAGCACCUAAAGAUGGCCGAAGACACAAUCAAGACCCGACUACGUGGAGAGAGAUUCCGCCUGUAUAAGCGCAAGUGCUGCAAUGUUGGCGUCUACGCCAGCGGCAACGAUAUGCGUAUGGGUAAGGGUAAGGGUUCGUUUGAUCAUUGGGCAACUAGAAUGGCUGUGAGCCAAGUUCUAUUUGAGCUCAGGGGCAAAGUUCACGAGCAAGUUGUUCGAGAUGCUUUCCGCCUGGCGGGAAACAAGCUGCCAGGCCAAUGGGAAUUCGUCAAGAAGGGAGAUCCCCCAGUCGUCGGGAUCACGAAGUUGGAUGGUGUGACUCUCGAAGAGUUAAAACGCCCGAGAAGGGUGGUGCCAACUGAGUUGGCUGGAACUCCCACCGAGCCUGAGGUUACAGAAAGCCCCUCAAAGACGCCCUGA